UGUGCGCUAUUUGCAUGAAUGGGUGGCGGAUCCCGUGCAGCCUGCUGCCACUACUUCCCAACGGAGAGAGCCCAGCUGCCGCACACAGAGAGGGAGAGAGGGCUCCCCUGGAGAGCGCACCGAUUCAGCGUCACUCUUAGUACAUCGCGCGGCAUGUCCCGUUAGAGAGAGCGCGGUGUCACAGAGCUGCCCACGGGAGAUGCCUCGGGACGAGAUGAACUCUCUGAUCCAGAAGAUCGCCCGCCAGGCCCGGCUCACCUUCCGCGGAGUCGGCGGCGGGGGCCCCGAGGGCCACAAGAGCUUCUCGGAGAACGUGGGCCAGCUGCGGAAGCUGGUGGGCGAGAUCCGAGCCGAGGACCUGAAGAUCCGGCCCCGCAAGAACGGCCAGGCCCCCAUCUCGGUGCCGCACAACCCCCCCGUCACCUACAUGCACAUCUGCGAGACGGACUGCUUCAGCAUGGGGGUCUUCCUGCUCAAGGGGGGGACCUGCAUCCCCCUGCACGACCACCCCGGGAUGCACGGCAUGCUCAAAGUGCUCUACGGCAAGGUGCGCAUCAGCGGCUUCGACAAGGUGGUGGACGCCCAGGCUCCCGCGGGCCCCAAGGAGCCCCAGUUCCAGCCGCCGCUCCUGCCCUAUCAGCGCGCGGCGCUCCGCAGGGCUGUGCUGCGCUCCGCGGGGGACUUUAGCGACAGCAGCGCCCCCUGCCUGCUGAGCCCGCACCACGACAACCUGCACCAGAUCAGCGCGGUGGACGGGCCCGCCGCUUUCCUGGACAUCCUGGCACCGCCAUACGACCCGGACGACGGCAGGGACUGUCACUACUACAAGCUGCUACAGCCGGCCCCUUCUUCCUCCCCCGCAGAACCGGCUGGGAGGCCAGAGGGAGAUGGCCCCCACCAGGCUGACGCCUCUGGGCUGCACUCUAGGGAGGUGUGGCUGCUAGAAAUACCCCAACCUGAUGAUUUCUGGUGUGGGGGUGAACCCUACCCAGGCCCCAAGGUCACCAUUUGAACACAAUCCCUAAAAAAAAAAAUAUAUAUAUAUAUAUAUCAAAGUACCACAACCUGGUUAUUUCUGGUGUGGGGGUGAGCCCUGUCAUGGGCAUCCAUCAAAACAUCCUUCCUUUAAAAAAACUAAAAACACAUGGAUCUGUUUAACAACCUAUCCCCAAAUAUUUGCAAAGCACCACUCCCAUACCAUACAAGCUGGGAGGAGGAGAGGUCCUGGCUACUAAAAAGGAUCUGUCCUUAGGGACCACAUUAAACACCAACCCACUACAGGGGGUGAAGAUGGUCAGUCACCUGGAUGAGCAACAGAAGAGUUUGGGAUAAGGUUGCAUUGUUUCCCACUGCCAAUUGUUUUCAGACUGGUCUUGAUGCACAUAUUUUUGUUUUUUGGCUGAUGAAAUUUUACAGUUAUUAUAGACCUGGUUUUGUAGGAAAUGUGCUUAUUUGGCAUGAUGCAGUAAAUGCUUGAAACCAGUGCUGUUCAUGUCAGGUUAUUAUGAUGUUUAUGCUUCCUUAAUGUAUUAUUUUUAAGGAGUACAAAUAGUAAAUGACAAGCACUGCCCCUCCCCUGACUUCCUGCAGCUGCUUAGGACAUUUAACCUCCCCCACCACCACCAUAAAACAUCACCAGACCUCACAAAACUAUCACUGGUAUAUGUAUAAGGAUUCUGAAAUUGGUGUUUUAGGUAUACUCCAUAAGUAGCAAUUGGAAGGCACAGAAAACGUGUUUUGUUUUGCUUGUUGGUGUGGGAUCUAAACCAUAAUAUAUUUCAUGUGAAAUAAUAUAAUUAUUGUGCCUUUGAAUUAUUGGGAUCCUGUAUCCUAAAAUUAUUUAACAGGAUAGCUUUCGAGCAAUUUAAUGUUACUUAAAAAAAUACCAGUAAUAGUUUGUAUCAUAAAGUAUAUGUAAAAGAGUAAUCUGGGGGGGGGGGGGCGUUACAACUUGGCUCAACAGAUUUUGAAUGUAAUUUCUCUUAAACCCUUCAGGGAUAUGUUUAGGUAUAUCCUAUGUUCUCAUAACAGCCCUGAAAGGGUGUGUUAUUUGUCAGUGACCAUAGACGCAUUGAAAGACGUACUCCUUUCAGCAACAGGUGGUCUAGUUUUUACAAAAGUAAUGGAAAACGUACCUUUUGUGUGCAUACAUUAUGCAUACAGAAACUUCAUGUGAGGAGGGCAGUGACCUGAGUUCAUUUGCCUUUCUAGUAAACAGAAAUCCCCAAUCUGCCCCUUACUGCCUCAUAUCCUUUUCACGGAUAUGUAUGACUACAGCACUUGUAUUACAAGCCAUACUUAUUUUCUGCCAUAUGUUAUUAAACAUUUUAAUUUGUACCCUGCUGCGUGAGCAAAAUAUUUAAAUUUUAAGUAUGGCACACAGUUCUGUAGUUUGUAUUAUGGUUAAGUUAUUGAAACCUGUGUACUGCCUGUGUUUUGUGUUCUUUCCCAUACUAGGAAUAAACGUUUAUAUAAUAUGCUA